CCAACUUCCUUACUAGUUCUCUGAAGGCUUUAAUACCUUCUUUAUUUUCACACCUAAUAUUGACCGGCCUCUUUUCUCUUCUAUUCAAAACCAUCUCUCUUCACCAUCAUUUAUCUCUCUAUUAAUACUUGUCCUCUCUUUCUCUAAGAGGGUACAUCUUGAUAUAUAUCCAUUUCUUUCUUUGAUUCAUUCUCUCUAACAGUUUUCAAAAUGGCUGAGAAUGGAUACAAGAACCCCAUUGAUGGAACACCAACAACAAAUGGAAGCAACAUGGCCAACAAAAGGAGUGUUGCAACUUCUGAAUACAUCCUUAGGUUUCUAGCCUUUGCUGCUACUUUGGUGGCUGUUAUAGUGAUGGCUGUUAGUAAGCAAACUAAGUUUGUUUCUGUUACUCUUCUUCCUGAUCUACCACCAAUCAGUGUUGAAGCUCAUGCUAAGUGGCAAUACAUGUCUGCAAACGUAUUCUACAUGGUGGUCAACAUCGCGGCUUGUGUUUACUCAGCUCUGUCUCUAAUCUUAGCAAUUGUAAACCGAUUUGGAUCAAAGGGAUUAGAUCUAGGAGUCAUUAUCCUCGACUUAAUAAUUUUAUCAUUUCUUUUGGCCGCAAAUGGAGCUGCUGCUGCCGUUGGUGUUUUAGGUUAUUAUGGGAACUCUCACACACGGUGGAAAAAAGUCUGUAAUAUAUUUGAUAGUUAUUGUCGCUAUACAGCGGUAUCCAUCAUUUUGUCCUUGGUUGCAGCAUUUAUGUUUGUGUUACUAUUAGCUCUAGCUGCUUCCAAGCUCCACAAGAGAUGUCUAUAGUUUUUGAUUUAAGAAUUGGAUGUGUUUGGGGCUUGGUUUAGUAUGUGGCAAUCAAUUAUACUGGUACAUGCAUUAAGUUUCUGUCAGGCAUAUUGUAACUGUAUUUCAUUUGUAUGGUAUUUAAUCUGGUUAGUUUCUUUUCUUUCAUGUUGCACAAAUUAAAUACAGAUCUUGUUGUGUUA